GGCGCGUCCGCCAUGUCCUCCUUUUCCUCACGCGCCGUCAACACAGCCGGCGCAGCAGGCGCUCUCGUCGUCCUUCUCGCUCUGGCAGCAUGGCAGGGAUCCUCCUCCUCCUCCUCUGCGGCUUCGAAGUUGGCCGCUAACAGGCAGCAGACCACCGAGCUCUCGUUCCUGCAAACCUCUGCUUUCGUGGACCAGAUUUACAUGUACGCCGGACUUGCCGUGGACAACAAGCACGAGACCGGAUUUAUCGCCAAGGAGAUCAGAAAGCACAAUUAUCAGACUAUGGUUCGCCUCUUCACUUCCCUGGAUGAUGCCACCUUCCGGGCUGUCUUGUGGGAUCAGGCUGUUCACUGCCUGGUUUGGCCGCCUUUUGUUCGCUACCCUGGUAUCAGUGAGACCGCCAAGACUGAUCUCCGUGCUUACACUGCUGCUGGAAACAACGUGGUCUUCUUGGGCAACUACGUUGCUGUGCAGUUCAUGAACGAUGUCUAUGGAUUCCAGUUGACCGAUGACUAUCAGAACGGUCCUUACUACCGUAACGACCGCAACGUCCGCAACACUCCCUUCCAGUACCUCCCGUCUCGCGUGGAGCAGGCUUCAAUAGAGACUUAUGCUGUCAAGUCAAGAUCUCUCCCUCCUGGCGGCAAGUCCAUGCUCGACACUCUGGGGGCUACUGUUGCGUUCGUCAUCCGCUAUGACUUGGGUACCGUCUGUUACAUUGGAUACAACUACAACACUCCGUUCCAUGCAGACCAAUGGACCAGAGUUCUCCACUGUGCCAUUGACAUGUAAUAAAGUGAGUUUGGGGAG